UUGUGUUUCAAGAUUACCGACAUAACUGCGUAAUAAAAGUGUAACAUACUAAAAGACGAAACAAAGCUGAAGAAAACCAUUGAAAGCCGUCACCGCUAUCCAGCUGUUUUUCACCCCGCAGGACCUAACACCGCUAAGAAAUACUGGCAUGCUAAAAUGGUUCAACCGAUGGUGUGGAAAUACAGACAAAAACAACACAAUAAACACUGAAAUAUUAACCAUCAGUAUCAAUCAGCGUAAUAUGUUCAUCUAUACGAAAGAUUUGUAUGAUAAAUUAUUAGAUGGAAACAGCCUGUUACAGAGGUGCAUAGGCUUCGUUCUCUUCUAAUAGUGUUAAAAUCGACAAUACCUGGACCAAACGAACCUUUUGGAGCUCUGCCCAGAAGAUGGCGCUGUGCAAACUUUUGUCCGUGCCAUUUUUGUUGGUUGGUGUGGUUGUCUUUGCUGUGAGUGCCAGUAUUGGGGACCCCCUUGACGAAUGUCUUCUGGACACAGACUACGAUGAGCUCCUGAGUUUAGUAGAAAAUGGACUACAAAUCUCACGGACCCCUCAACAUGUGGCUAUCAUUGGAGGGGGCAUGGCUGGUCUCACCGCUGCCAUGUUUUUAGAACAAGCUGGUCAUAAGGUCACAGUUAUCGAGGCUAGCAACAGAAUCGGAGGUCGAGUGGAGACGUUCAGAAACCUACAGGAGGGCUGGUACGCAGAAGUGGGCGCCAUGAGAAUCCCCAGCUUUCACAAAAUUCUUCUAGCCUUUUUGUCAAAGUUCAAAAUUCCGUUGAGCCCUUUUGUCCAAGAUGACAGCAACACCUAUUAUCUGAUCAAUGGCAUACUUCACAAAACAAAUGCUGUAAAGAAUGACCCCAGUAUUCUUAACUACACACUGGGGGAGAGCGAGAGAGGGAGGUCUGCAGCUCAGCUCUUUGAACAGGCCCUCUGGAAGGUAAGAGAUGAUCUGAAGGCAAUGGGCUGCUCUGCCACGAUAAAUAAAUAUGACCCCUACACAGUGAAGGAGUACCUGGCAAAGGAGGGGAACCUGAGCCGAGGAGCAGUGAGGAUGAUCGGGGAUAUCCUGAAUGAAAACAGCCUCUUCUACACGUCUUUAGUGGAGACACUCUACGUACAGUCAGACAUUGGGGAUAAUAUACAAUAUUUUGAAAUUCAGGGUGGCUUUGACAUUCUUCCUCUGGCCUUUUCCAAUAUUCUUAAUUCUAACAUCCUCCUCAACUCCAAGGUGAAAAGGAUCCAACAGACAGGCAGCAGUGUCAGAGUAACAUAUGAGGACUGGCACAGGCAGGGCUCCAUCACCAACCUCACAGUGGACUAUGCUCUAGUCACAGCCACAGCUAAAGCUACUCUCUUCAUCGACUUUCAGCCUCCACUUUCAAGAGACAAAAUGGAGGCUUUAAGAUCAGUCCAUUACAUCAGCGCAACCAAAGUCAUUCUCAGCUUUAGCGAUCGCUUUUGGGAGCAUGAGGGCAUCAAAGGGGGUAAGAGUAUCACCGACCGGAUAUCGAGGUUUAUUUACUACCCCAGCCACACUUUCCCUGAUACGACUGCAGGGGCACUACUAGCAUCCUACACCUGCUCUGACGACUCCACUCUGUUCCAAGGCAUGAAUGAUGACCAACUCAUGGCUGAGGUGCUGGAGGACCUUGUCAAGAUACAUGGGGAGUACAUCAGACCUCUAUGGACAGGGGGGUUGGUGAAAAAGUGGGGGCUAGACCCAUACAGCCUUGGUGCAUUUGCCCUCUUCACACCCUACCAGCAGGGUGAGUAUGCUAAGGAAUUGUUCCAGAGUGAAGGAAGAGUGCACUUUGCUGGGGAGCACACAUCAAUGCCUCAUGGUUGGAUUGAAACAGCAAUGAAGUCUGCCCUAAGAGCAGCAAAAAACAUUAACAGCCAAACGCUUUAGUUUGGUGGGCAGACUCAUGAUGUCUUGAAAAGCCUAUUCAAGUACAGGUAAAAGAGGAUGGAGGUGAAUUCAGGAAAA